UUUCUCGCUUAGCCUUAGACGCAACUAUGGGCGCUGGCGUUAAGCGUAGCGUCGUGUUAAGCGCUCAGUUGCGGCCACCACCUCGACUGCUAGCUACUGCUGUUAUUGGCGCCGCUGCUGCUGUUGCCGCUUCCUUCCCGCCUCUGCCGCGGCUCCGUCGGCGAGUGAUGCUAAGUGGUAAGCGGUAAACAGCAGUGUUCGUUCGCGGUAGCAGCCACAUAGGGCAAAUACAAUAACGAGUGUUAGCAGUCGCUAACGUAGAGUGCAACGUGCAAAGCUAGCGCCGUCAUCGUCGCUGCGGUGCGCUGUCCGUCUGCCGUCGGUGGCCGAUCGACCGUUGGUGGAGUUGAUCGGUGCUGGCUUGCGCACGCUGGGAAGCUCUAUUAAGAGGGGACUCGCGACCGUGAUUGCGAUUAAAACGUGAACAACGGCGAUCGAGGAACAGUCGCGUCGUGCCAGCCGCCCCCGUCGCCGUCGACAGCCGUAGCAGAUAGACAGAGACAGGCGUCAACAAAUUGUUCUGUGCAGUACAGUGAUCAGACCCGACACGCAUGGGUAGAGCGACAGACAGAUAGACCCAGAAAGUGAAUUCUACUGGAAAAGAGACGAAAGGCUAACGCAAAUGUUUUCGUCCUUUUUUCGGCUGUUCCGUUUUGUGUCGUUGACUCGUCAUCAUCAGUGUGCCGUUGUCCUGCGGCUUCGCUUGAAUGCUAAUACUCCGUCAAAUGACGAAUCUAUACCAUUGGCGCUGACUGCCAAAAAGGCGAAGAAAAUGAAGAUAACGCAAGACGAUUAUGAAGGAAAGCAUUGUUUGUUGAUCAGUAACUAGCGAUCGAGCGAAUCUAGGCUAAUACAGCGGUCAGCCACAGCUCAGUAGACGGUACUGCUGUUUUGAUUGAGUGCUCCCGUGAGUUUAUCGGCGAAAAACGCAUCAGCAUCGUUGAUUACUGGUUGGUAAGUGACAGUGUCGUGUGAGCGCCGAGUGGCUACGUGCUGGUCUACGACUGAGUUCAUUAGCUCAUCCUCCGAGCCUGUCAGGUUUCGCAGUUGCCUAGUUCCGCAGAUCCGUCGAUCGCGCUGUGGAGUCCGGUACUAUCGGUACUGUCCAGCUGGAAGAGGCCAGAAAGAAACAAGAAAGGCAAAAGCCUCACUGGCUAUGAAGAUAGAAUGCCACGAUCGUGUCGUAUGAUCUGUAGAAACACCGAGGGACGGAAAUAAUGCAAACUUAACAAAAUUCGACGCACAACGAACGGCAGGCGACGCCAUUCGCUAGUCAUAAUCGUACAGUCGCUAUUCUCGCUCAUAGGUCUACCACAUACGCACAAAGGCUCCAUAAUAGUAACGCUGUUUGAUAAGUGGGCAACGAUGGAGAGAUCCCGGUAGCUAUUUGAUGGCAAAAGGAGCAGCUCAGACGACGAAUCAAGAACAACACCGCAAAAAUAGAAUGCGCCAUAACUGUCGGCGUAAAGGGUAUGCCACCGUCACUUUUCUCGCUGACUUCGUCGACGAUUAGCUCCUCCGUUCGUGAAUAGGAUAAACAGAGUCUCUAACAAAGUCCAGUGAAUUCUUAGCCAUCAGCAACAAUUAGCCCCUCCGAAAUACAUGAGCUUGCAAUUUCGAGAAGAUCAUACGAAUUGGUUGGUGCUGUGAUCGUGAUGAGUUUUAACAGAAACUUACUGGUACAACUAGAUAAUAGUAUUCUAAUGCUAGCACUAGCUUCGCUGAUGCGAUGCAUAAAGCCUUGACGUAUAUAGAAGUUGGUAAUUGUGGUACAAAGUAACAAAUAAGAAAUUUGUUGACUUUCGUAGUAACAGACAGCCAAUUUCUGUUUGCUGAUCGAGCUAAGGCGUUCUCGGAAAGAACAGAGAUUUAUUUAUGUUUACCUUCGCCACAUUUGUACGGCACAUACGUAUGUGUUCGUAAUAAUUAUUACGCUAAUUGUUCCUAUCGUCCGAUCUGCAUUUAACAUCUAAACAUAAAAUUUCAACAGCGGCUCAGUCGUCGUAUGGCGUUGUGCGCGUCGUCCAGUCAGUGCGGGACAGGCCUGCGUUCUGUUGUCGUACUCAAUGUGAUUCUCACUAAGAACGACGGUGCUCCACAUCGGGGGGUCUAAGCUCACUACAGAGAGCAGUGCUUAACGGUGAUAAACUAGUCUGUUGCUCGUUAACUCAACGUUGCGACAUUCGCGGAUCUGCCGUCAAUAUUUGCCGUCUUUAUCGUGUGUCCUUCCUUUGCCACAUAUGAAAUCUCUGAACAAAAGCAAAUCUGCUAUUAAACUCUACGCGCCCUUCUCAACUGUGUCAUCGUCAGCUCGACUCCGAAAACGCAUUGCCAAAAAAAAUGGGUUCGCAUGCUGCCAGCACAUCUACGACCAGCCUCUCUAUUUAUUUACCUUACUAUAGAAUAGUUUUCACUGGUGAGGUGUAGCGGCGUUCAUUAAGUAAUGAUAAAAGUUGUUAUCCGUUUUGCGGUAUUAGGUGAAGUGGUCUGACUGGACAACCGAUCGGAUUGGGCUGUUUGUUCGAAGGUAGGCUUUCGUGGUCAUAGCAAGCAGGGUAACGGAUACUACCGGAAGAUUACCGCGAAAACUCCAUAGAUUGGUUCGUUCGUUAACCUAACCGCUGGCCGCUGCGUUCCCCGACAUUAACACUAGCUAGCGCCAUACGAACGGAGGCAUAAGCAUGUUGCCAUCGCACCACUGCGGUACGAACAGCGUCAUUAUAAGCACUGCUGUGGUAAGGCGCCGCAGCAGCGUCGAACACCGCGAUCAAACUAUCGGCAGCAGCAGCCGCCGCCGCCGCCGGUAAAAGACAGUAAACAGCUGCAAUCGAAUUUAGCUCUAAGAAAACGUUGACAGCGACGGUAACAACAACGUAAGGGGACGACUAGCAAAGCCGUUCGAAAAGAAAUGUAUACCACAGAAAGGGUCAAGCGAGCGAGACAGUUUAAUAAGCUGUCCCCUUCUUCGCUUAUAAUCUAGCCAACUAGCAAGACCCGUUCCGCUAUCGGCGAACCGGAUGCACUAACGUAGGAUUUGUACGCUAAUAAAGAAUCACACGAAGUUACGUGGACGUGAAGUUCAUUGAAGUGAAACAGGCCAUCGUUCAGGAAAAACAGACAAACAUAGAGACGGCAACCAUGGAACUAAGAAGAGCAUAAUUGAAGAAACAAUCGCGGGUAAAGGUACUCUCCAUGGUAUAUAUGGGCCAUUCGACAGAAGAGCAGUGUCUGAACAGCACAAAUUCAAAUCGAACUGCGAGCGGCUUUCUAGCAAGUCUAUCCGAAAGCACGUUGUGGGCGAUUUUCGACAAAAUAGAAAGAGAUACAAUUUGUUCCCAGUGUGAAACGCAUGCUGACUAAGGAGGCCAUGUUAUUCCACGACAUUCGCCUCAUAACGGAAUCGAUCGCUGGUGAGGUGUUGCGAUUAUUGCAACAGCCUUGUUAUCAGAAUCGUCAUCAGACAUCGGGGAAUUUUCUCUGCAGCGAGCGGAGCUGAUACUCAAUAGCAGUAGUAGACGGCUUCUCGGUGCUGUUGAAAAUCCCUUAUCUGGAUAAGUGGCUAUAUAAAAGUGCAGAGGGUAAUCGCGGUUGAGGCAACUCGGAAACAACUGCUACAGUAACAGCUUCAGCUAACCAAGAUCAUCAGCGACCUUGCCCUCAAAUGAUGGCGUGCUCGCUCGUCGUUAUUGACCCUCAUAGCAGUGAGUAAUCUGCAUGACGACAGCAACAGCAACAGUAACAGAGAUUUUGUCUUACAGAAACAAAAUCGUAACCGCUAUCGGUGGCAUCAAUGCGCUUGCUAUAGCUGAACGUGAUUGCAAUAUUUUUGGUAAACAGCAGCGUCCUCCGUACAACGAGGCAACUAGAACAAUGUCGGUGACAAACUGACACAAAGGGAUCAAAAAGCAAAAAAUGAAACGCAAGCCACAGUGUUGGCAUCGUUAGGUUGUUAAUAAUUGUUGCCAUUGUUGUCGGUGGCCUGGCCGUCAGCUCCGGCAGAUGUCGGCGGGAGGUUUCCUAUCGUCAUCGGGACGCGUAAAUAUCCACCUCGUCGUCUGCAAAUACAUGUGUUUUUCACGAACCCGCGAUGCGCUCUGAUCUCACAAAUAGUCCUAUGUGAAUCCCAUCCUUCCUAAAUCUCUUUUACCCUUUAUGUUCAAAGCUGCUACAGCAACUGCCGCAGGUGCGAUCCGCGCAGAAGGAAUUUGUUCCGGUGUGGAAUAAGAAGAUCAGCAGCGGCUCACUAUCAUCUAAUCAACUUCUGGAACGAAAUUCGGCUUGGGGAUCGUGGAACUUCCACGACGGUACGACGAAAACAGGAGAAUAGACAGAGUCGUCAGUAGCCACCGUUAUUGGCGGUGUGUUUUGUGUUAUGUUGAUGUUGUCCUAGGCGAAAUUACGAGGUUACGGCACAUCGUGAAUACUCUCGACAGUCUAAUAUUCUCGUCAAGGUCGUUGUGAUCGUGUAGUUAAGAUAUUAUUGAGUUGUAAUGGAGGCCGAAUUGAGCGUCUGCAAUGUCGACGUGCCUCUACUGAAGCGCUGUCUUCAGAGGUUGCUCGUUCUGUUCGAUUGUCUCUCACAGAUCGAGGAUGAGCACGAUGGCACACUUCGGCUACGUUUAUGGACCCACCAUAAGAAGCAGGAUUCGCUGAAAAACGCGCAGUGGUUCUUCGCCUCGCUAUCGGGAGUCCGUCCCUCUCUAUGCCGGCCGCCGCCAGCACUGACCCAUCUCUUCGAGCACGAGUUCUUACUAUCAGUGAUAUCGGAAAACCCAGCUUCGGAACGUAGCUAUAUUGUGACAUCAUUGGACCGUCUUAACCAACUGUAUAUUGUGCGAGGCGAAAUUGAACGGGAUGCUUGCGUUAUAGUGAGUGCCUGUGAAAACGAACUGACGGCCAACGGUCCACUAGCUAAUGUUCUAAGAGCCAUGCGGCUAGUCGAAGAACUUCUCUGCACCAAACAUGGAAACCAGAUGCUCGAAAACUUAGUGCUCCGCAGCGGCUCAAAGCCGCCGAUAACCUCGGAUCCUUUCUUAUCUGAAGCGACCGGACCUGGCCCAAUGAUCGGUGGCUCCGACGGUAGAAGGGAUGGACGCGUCACUCGUCGCGUCGAGAGUGAAGACUCGUCGUAUGAUUCGGAUACAGAGAGCGGGUUAGGUCCCGGCACCCGAUCUCAGAGCUCCCAGGGUGCUUCACAUGGAGCGCUAAGUCCCGGCAUGGCCACAGCACCAAACAACGUUCAACAGCUCCACAAACAUGACGAUGUCUCUCGAACAGUGUCCGACACACUCGGGGCCGAAUUCGCUGAGUAUAUCAGCACGCAAAAGGUCGAACUCAAGGCAGUUCUAGCCGAUCCUGGCUAUCAAGCAAGGCUUGAGUUCGCUUUAAAGUUAGGCUACACAGAAGCGCAGGUACAAACUGCUCUACAGAAGUUGGGCCUGAAUGCGGCAAAUAAUGAGUUACUCGCCGAGUUGAUUAAACUAUCCUCCAGCGUGUCCAAAGAUGACCAAACGCCAGUAGCGCCAAUCGCAGGAGGCGAUCAGCCUGGUGGAGUAGCUGGCAGCGCCAGUAGCGGUGGCGAAUUACGGCCUAUCGUAAUCGAUGGCUCCAAUGUUGCGAUGAGCCAUGGGAACAAGGACGUGUUCUCUUGUCGGGGCAUUCGAAUUUGCGUAGACUGGUUCCGCGCCCGGGGUCACACCGAGUUGACGGUGUUUGUGCCCAGCUGGCGCAAAGAGUCGGCUAGGCCGAACACACCUAUUGCCGACCAAGAGAUCCUUUUACAGCUAGAACGAGAAAAGCUGCUAGUGUUCACGCCGUCACGAAAUGUAGGCGGGAAGCGUGUUGUCUGCUAUGAGGACCGGUAUAUUCUAAAUCUGGCGACUGAGAAUGACGGAAUCGUUGUCUCGAACGACAACUACCGAGACCUCGUUCUAGAGAAAGCGGAAUUUAAGCGAGUGGUCGAAGAGCGCUUGCUUAUGUACUCGUUUGUGAACGAUCGAUUCAUGCCCCCAGAUGACCCACUCGGUCGGCAGGGACCAACUCUCGACCAGUUUCUACGUAAGCCUUCCGUCGCACCCCAACAGACUGUACCCCCAAUUUGUCCGUACGCAAAAAAGUGCACUUACGGCAAUAAGUGUAAAUACUACCACCCUGAAAGGGGAAAUAUGCCGCAGAAGUCAAUUACCGAUCGGUUAGCGGAACAGUGGAAAAUAAUGCAGGAAGGAAAGGCGCGUAACCUUCACAUGGGUGGCAACGAACUCACGCGAACUCGUAGUGUUCCCGUCACGUCUGCCGGCGAUCUUUCAGUCCCAGCUGCUAACAACAGCGGAGCCAGGAAAAAACAGCUAAGUCGAACUCGUUCUGCGGCCCCACCACAAAGACCAUUAACGCAUGACGACUUCGGUACACCUACCAUUGGCUCUGGUGCAACAGGUGGCCUCGGAGAACCUCGAAGUCGACCAAAAGAUGACUUUGCCAUCUGGCAAGCCUUCGUAGAUAGCUUGCCGUCAACGCCGUUAUCCCGUUACUCGAGUUGGUCGAAUCUGCCACCACCGAACAAAACAGCGCAUGUCGGCGAGUCUGGCCACCUGACACUUGCUAAGAAAUUGUCCGACCCUUCUGAAUCACACCAAGACGUGAAUAUUAGCUCGCUUAGCUCUGCGGGAUUGGGAGCUACCUCAGUAGUACCGAGCGAUACCGGCAACAACCUGCACAAAAAACUGCAGCGCCAAUUAACGCUCAAUCCGACCUGUGAUGAUCGGCUAGCCCAAAUGCGAAUGGCAAAUGGUCCUGCAGGCAUAGGCCAGCCAUCAGGCCAGUCAAUAGGUGGAAGCGGUGGUGGACCUCCAGGCGGACCGCGAACAACUGCGUCGCAUCAAAACGUCUCUCGGCUUAGCUCCGAUGGAUCCUCAUCGGCAUUUCGGGGAGCGCAUGGAGAGACGGGAAACAGUAGCACGUUUAGCGACGGUGGCUGGCAAGUCGGAUUACUUUCCGGCCAGAACUCAACAUCGGACACUAGGUUAAACAUGUUUCCCAAUCAGUUUGUGACACCCACCUGCUACCAGCCAAGCAUCUGGUCGUCUCCUCCGCCACCGGCGCAGCAGGGGGUACACGGCUUGCGGCCAUCGAGUCUGCCCCCGCAGAACCGAAUGCGGGCACCUCUCAUAACGCCACCUGGGCAAAGUCUCUCGAAAACGACGACUCCAUUCGGAACUGCGGCUUCUGAUAAUUCUAGCGGAGCAGAAGGAGGCGGUGGAGGAGGGGGUGUUGGCCCAGGAGUUUUAUGGACGUACGGCGCUUUGGAGCAACGAAGCAAGGUUUACUAUCAUCUUACAUCCAUUUUCCCGGAAGCGCAAGUUAAUGCUGCCCUGGAACUGCAUCCGGACGGGUUGAAUGCGCCAAAGAUCUGUGCCACGAUCCUGGCGAUGUUCCCAUCAAAAUCGUAGAGUAACUAACUAGGUUUAAUCCUAGCUAAAUGUAACCAAAACACUUGUUUCACUGAUAUCAGUACGAACGCAAUUGAACUUCCCAACCGAUCGAUACACAUUUAUGUACGCUAUUACCUAUCGAUAAACUCAGAGCGACUGUCCCAGGCUGAAAACUAACAAACCAAUAAUACUAUUAGCUGCGUUUUCGUGAAAUUCUGAAUGACGAGGCGCUCGAUCAACUAUCACAGAACAGAUGAACACAAGUCUCCUAGUAAGUACUGACAAACGUCUACCGUACGUGCUACAUAAUAUAACAUCAUGGUGUAUGCCAGUAUUAAACGCUAACAUGGGCAACAAUGGAACGACAUUUUCGGUGGAGUUAGCUAUUUGUGCCCGGCUGCAUUUAUAUAUGAUCUAAACGGGCGUACACAAGCAUUGACAGAUAAUUUAAGCGCCAAAGCACACGGUAGUGCUUCAUUGAUUGUACUUGGUAGUCCUGCGGCGUUGGAGCGCCACUGCCGAAGCUCUGCCGCAAUAACUAUCGUAUUUCUCGUUAAGCCAAAUUAAGUUGCCAAUCAGACCACCAUUACUUUGCUUCACGUCUGAUAAUCGUAUCUAUUUUACAACGAGCACGAGUCAAUGUUAGCAUCGUUGUUAUUACUGAAUUAUGAUGCUAGACGUAUACCUGUGCGUAGUAAAUGUAAUGUAUCGUAACGAAAUCGGAUUGUUGCGUCGCGUACGAUGCCGUCAGAGGGACACAUUAUUAGAGGCCAAGGCGUGAAACUAUUAGUUUAAAAAGUGACGUAUAGACGAAGCUAGUAGAGUAUGCUAAAAUUUUAUUGGUGAAAAAUUUCUGCGGCGUCCCCAAAUAGAACAUUGACGGUUUAGUUAAUGUCCAGAGCGGUAAGCAGGCGUUCAGCAGCUGGUCGGCGUUGUUUUGUUGACCAAGGAAAGUAUAUAAAUAGCGAGGCCGAAGCACACUCGUGAAAUCGAGCGGCUCCUUUAGUAGACAUAUAAAAAUGCCAACAUGUCGACGCUGCAGCGCGCUAGUAUGGCGAUUCUAGAUUGAGUGGAAUAAAAUCUUGUCCUAUACUGGGACGUGGCGUAACUAUGGAGCAGAUUAGUUAAGCUACUAUGCCAGAUUCCACCGUGAACCCCGAGGACUUUAAAGCAAGGUGAAUGACAAACAUGCAUAUAUUCGUUCAAAAAUACAGAAACGAUACUAUUACAUAUAAUGCUAUCUGCACAUAACAGUGUAGGGGUAGUCGGUGUGUGAAGCCAUCGCUUAGCGGGCAUGUGUUAGGUGUUUGCCGGAAAUCUUGUCGCAGCGAAAUAUGCCGAUUUCAAUAUUGAGAUCAUGGUCCUCGCCCACCCCUUGGCGUUCCUGAUCUAACGCUAAUGUACGUGAUUCUAGCAAUAGCACUAACGAAAAACAAACCAGCGACCAUUUCAUCAAAAACCGUCUUCAUUAAUCUUUCUGUAUCUCUACGUAUACCGCAAUAUAUCUAUAUGGCACAAGUCUUGCAAACGCUAUAAUCUCUUACCUCAUUGACACGUUCGAAAUCGAAUUCGUAACAACAACCGUUACCAAUAUACUGUCGUUUGACAUUAUCGACCCCAUUAUGAUGAAAGCUUACCUGUUUCACUGGGGUCAUUAUUCUAUUUUACAUACGUAUGAAGCUACAUAUAGCCUGUAAUAAUGGGCAUUUUAGAGUAAUCAAACGCGAACAGCGUAUGUAGUGUUUGCUACAUAAAACCCGCCCGUAGAAUGUGGAUAAUUGUUGUAGCUUGUAUAGAUACCUAUGUGCACCUACCUGCUCCUCGAUGAAAUACGCGAAUGUAGUUAUGGAUUACAAGAAUAGUAUCGAAAUCUAAUUCCUCUAGGGAAACAGUAAAGCCGUCUUCCCUGUCUCCACGUACGCGGGCGUGUAUGAAAAUCGAAAGAGAAGAAGGGCGCUAGCUGAGAGAUAAGCAGCGAGAAUGACUCGCUGUAUUUAUAGCGUCUUUUGUGUAGAUGAUCAGAAGAUUCCCUGGAACAGGUGUGAUGUUUCGAACGAAUGUUCAUGUAGCUAAGCUUUGAUCCCCGCCCUCCCGGAUGACGAUCCUAUCCUGCACUCGAAACAACGUGACGACGAGACGCAACAGAUUGACGCAAGGUAAUGGCAUCAAUUUCAUUGCUUGUCAGAUGCUACGACCGAAGUCUUAUCCGAAAUGGAAAGUUAUACUAGCAUCACGAAUUUUAUUAUUAGUUUGUAGAACUUAUAAUAAUUAUUAUUGUUGCGGCGACUUUUAUAUAGGCGUAUGUAUGCAGUACUGUAGUCGGCCAAUGGGUCGGCGUGGGAUCGGCUGGGAAACGCUCUAGUCAUGUAGCGAGUAUAACUGAAAAACAAUCUCUUGGGUUAACAGGGAACUUAGUAAUGCUUUAUAGCCAAUAUCUGUAAACGUAGCGCUAUAUAUAUAUAUAUAUAUAUAUAUAUAUGAACGCUACGAGGAUUUUGAAAAUCUUCUGAUGACUCUGCCUAAUGAGUAUAGAUGAUAUCAUUUUUACAUAGAAUAUUUUCGCGACGGUGACUCAUUUCGAAAAGGGGCACUUUUUGCUACUAAAUAUUUUGGUGGUUAUCUGCAACAAAAAUUACUUUUAAAAACAGUCAUUCCGAGUAUACCCGUUCUUCAUACAAGUAUAAAAUUAAUUGAUAAAAUAUCACAAACGUAACAGUUCUAAGGUACAGGUGAAAACAAAUGAAACGGUAUUAGGCAAAACGUUUGUUGAUUCAUUCUGAUGAAUGGGAAGGUUACUUCUUGCAUUAUAUUACACAACCAACUCGAUGUUGUAGAGUUAAGGCUACCUAAGGCUUUUUGACAUUUUAAGAGCAUUGUGGAAGCUCUGAUUCAUGUAGCAUUAUUUUAAUGCAAACCAAGAGUAACAAUGACGCCACGAUAUAACCUUUUGUUUAUAUUGUAUGUAUAAUUUCACGUCAGCCCGUAUUCGUCGGAAGCAUGAAUAGUCAGUUUUCCAAAAAUUAAAAAUACAUAGAAUUUUCUUCGUGUAGAAUAUUUUCUUGAAAUAAAUUGAAUAAACUUAACUAUAGACCUAUAGAAAUACUAAAGUGAAAAUAAAUAUGUUUAGUGUUAUUUUAGGUGUUCCAAUCAGCAUAUUCAGAAUGAAUAGCAAUCAUGCUGCUACUAAUGAAUCUAAAGAAUUAGGUGAACGUAGUGCCAUUUAGCUUGAGUAGAAGAUCUCAGUAGAAUUCAAGUAGCGAGUCUUUGCAAGAACUGAUUUCCUAAAUCUUUCCGAACCUUACUUCGACUACCGGGUGUACUUAAAUAGAUAAUGGUAUGCUACAUUUGUGUGCAGCUCAUAACAGUUUCACUUAACGAUCUGAAAUAGAAUAUGAAUAACAGCAGGCGAUCGACACAGUAACAACCCCUCAGGGCUGCCCCCCUCAAGGAAGACCCACAUGAACAUAUCUUAAUAUUGAUAUUUGCUACAUGUUUCGAUAGGCAAAGUUUUCUUGAACAGAUUGCUACAGCUUAGCACUGCCCGUAGACCGGACUUAGGAACAGAAGCUGAAAAAGCAAAGACAGCACCGGGCGUUAAGAGAGAACGAACCUUGCUGUAUACAGUUGUUCCAUUGAUCAACAAGGGGACAUGUUAGGAGUACCCCAUUUACUGGACAAGCGUAAGUCCGCUCUACUGUUCAGAGCUGCUGAAGCGAACCGCAACAUUGGUGCAGUAUCGUUAUUAUUACCACUGCUUGUAUUAUAUAAUGUUCCUCUUCCGUCAAAUUGCACAGAUUCUACUAUUGAUAAUUGUCUAGUUACAAUACCACAUAACAAUUUAACGCCUAGGGCGUUCAGAUCUCUAUUGUAUCCCCUAAUCUACCUUUUCCAUUAGUGGGCGCAAUAAACGUCUUCAUAAAAUGAUUGUUAGUAUACAGAAUCGCCUGAAGUAGAAUAUAAGCUAUACUGCGCUGUGUAUCCUUCGAUUCGUGGGCGUAAUCGCAAUGAGAGCAGUCCAUGACACAGACAAUGAAAGCAAUUGAAAAGAGGGCAACGAAGAUAUUUGAUUUAUUGACUAGUUGCUUAACUACGCGUCUCGCUACAUGCACAUACACGAGUUACUAAGCGGGUAGGGUCGUUUUCGCACAUGAUUUCAUAGUCACUUUCGCAUAGUACCUUUCUGCUGGCGUAAAAUUGAUUUUCGAAAAAAAGAACCUAAAUAUGAUUGAGAUAAACAUUCAAGGAACGCAUCUACUAAAAGAAUGUAAUGGAAUCUUAACACAAUGCGCGCAUCAUUAUUCGAGGAGUCAGUUCGAUCGUAUUGUAACACUAAGCGUGAAUGUAAAGAGAGGAAACGAAUAGAAACCAAUUGCAACGAGACGGAAUAUGGAACAGCCAUGUGGCACGUAACAGAAAGGCGCGAAUCAUUUGCGUUAGUUUUGCUAUUACAUUGUCCCCACCGGCCGUGACGGCCGUUUUGACAAUAGUUAAGCGCGGUUCCGUCAGGGAUCACGCAACAGAGGUUCCAGAAGCUAAGAACGGUUAAAAGCGGAAGUGGAACAAGAUUUAUGGGUCAGUUAGACCCAGCUUUUGUUUAGAAUUAUUAUGACUCUAUGUUUAUUAGAAUCACGGUUGUUUACUGAACUCACAUUCAAUUGGAGAGUUGUUUUAUGUUUAACACUGAAGCUGCUAACAGCUACCUAACACAUUGUUUUUCGUGUCUUAGACCCGGCACCUAAGCCGUUAGGAACCACUUCAGACGGUUGACUUCCAGCGCGAAACGAAGUGUCGUUGCACCUGGAUUCAAGCCUAAACCACCUCAUGAAUUCUUAAGUUUAGCAAGUUAAUACGCUACCCACUGCGCUAUUACGGAAACAAGUUGAUACAAUGGCCACCGUUGAACGUUUUCCCAUUUAGUUCAAGCGUUAACCACUCAAGUUAUGCCUACGAACUAUCGAGAUGUGUGGAUUAACGAUAAGGACUAUCUGAAUGCCCACUUGCAAAGCAUUACCCGAUUGGGCUUGGUAACAUGAAAAUGGGCCAUGUAAGUCUUAACAGCUCAUGAAGCUCCACACACUUUUGGUCGCUUUGAAUCAUUCAUAAUGCAGUUACUAUCAUGCACACGCUGGGUUUGCUCACAUUGUGCUAUUCUGCAUAUAUAUAUAUAUAUAUAUAUAUAUAUAUAUAUAUAUAUAUAUAUAUAUAUAUAUAUGCCUAAUUAUGAACGGUUCUUCGUUCAACUUAGCUGCCUAAUGUUGACUAUUUGAUGACGAUAAGGAAUUACCGUACAUUGUGCGUUAAUUGUAAACUUGCACAGGAAGCGAUAGGUACUUAGCACAAGCAUCGAUGAUUAGAGGAUUUGAUAUAAUUAUGAUACUAACCGACGAGACACACACAAUCAAUACGAUUAAUGCAUACAUUUAUAUAUAUAUAUAUAUAUAUAUAUAUAGUUUAUAAACACGUAAGCUCUACCUGUUGCGAGAGCGAGAAUAUAUAAUGUACGCGUCGAUGUUUCCUUUUAUUGAUAUAUCCAAGUGUCAAUAGUAACAAUGGUCCAAUGGACGUGCGCACGAGAUGCGAAACGAAGAGGGUACAUAAAUGUAUACCUCUCUCUUCGUGGUGUCGUUCUGCAUGUGUAUGUAACAACACAACGGUAAAGCAUGUAUCUAUAUUAGAUAGUGCAAGCGUACAGUGAUGUAGAUAUUCAGAAAUCUAUCGUACGCAUGGGUCUUUAUGCCUCAUAAAGAUGCCCGUAUAUUUACCUGAAAAAAAACUUGAUAGGUGCCGUGUACCAGCAAUGCAUAUUAUUUGAUAAUUUCGAAUCAGAACAAGCGAUUUCAAAAGAUUUCAUAAUAUUAUUACAGUCGCCUUAUUUGCCUAUCUAAUAUGUCAAAGGUCAGAUAUUGCAUUUGAUCGAUAAACUGAUCAUUCAAAUGAAAUCUCUAUAUCAGGAAUAAUGUACGAGGAAAAACUAUAGCGCAAGCUAGGGCUUCUUAAAACUCUCACAACUUUGUUUUUCUAUUUAUCCGAACAUUUGUCACCUGCCAUUGCAGUGCAGUGUUGCGUGGGAUUUCUUUUGGGGAACGUGGAAGUUCAACGCAUUGAAUCUAGGCUCAUUAAAUGUAUAUUUUCCAUCUAAAAUACACUUCCAUCACGGAUGAGCGAAAAGUAUAAUAAAAAGGUUGCCAUUUACGUAGCACUUUGUAUAUCGAACCCAGUUCACAAAUCCUCUUGAAAAAAAAAGGCGGGAAAUUAUAAGCUAUUGUAUCUAUUAUAAUUAUUAUCGCAUGAAAAAAUGUUGGCGACAGGCAUCGUUGCCGUGCAGUAAGACCCGCACGCAAUUCUGCGGUAGCGACAGUUGUAAGCACGGAAGCCGCGUUUUUCUAACUAUUAUGACUAGUCGUUGCCCAAGACCCACUGAAAUAGAAAAAAAGAAAAACGUUUUGCUUAGAGAUCAGCCACGACAAAACGUAAAUUUGAGACUGAUUAGCUUAUUAUAUAGGAAAUAUUUUCAAAUUUCAUAAAUAUUCUUGAAUUAUUGUUAAACAAAGUAAAUUGCAAGUCUCUUAAUGCUUUGCUAAAUAGAGUGACAACUACGACGCGCAGGUGCGUCAAGUGGUGGCGUAGUGUGAUAGGCUUUCGAAUAAAGGAAAUGCACGGUUAUGCCACGGUUAAUGGCGGGUUGGAGCUGUGAAAACAGUUAAAACAUGGACGUUUUGCUUUACUCCCAGCGUACACUGUCGUCAAAUGCGUGGCACUGAAAUGGUAGAACGAAGUGGGAGUGAUACUAUUAACACGCAUCGCUGUCUUCACUCUGCUGCUCGAGAAUAGCAGCGCAGGUGUUACCAUUCGUAUUAGUAUCUAUAUUAUCUAUAACUUCUCGUUGAAGUACUGAUCUUGUAAACAAUGGUUGUAUAACUGUUUCGAGUACUAAACAAGCCAACAAAUUAACUAUAUAUAUAUAUAUAUAUAUAUAUAGCUUAAUGUCUAACAUGGGCUUGAUGCCCACAAGCUGUAUAUUUGUUUCAAAUACACCCAACAAUAAUAGUGCGUGUAGCCUAUACUAGUCGAAUUUAUCGUAGCGACACUCUGCGGUAGUUCCAGAUGUAGCAACAACACCAGCAGCAUGCACAGUAACGCCCCGCGGAUUUUCGCUGUUGCUGUCGUCUGCUAAAAAGAUCGGUCUGUCUGCUUGUUUGCCUCCCAGUUUAACUUCAUCCCCCAGACCCCAGUUACCCUUUACCUCAGCAUGAGUAAGCUUCCCUAGAGGAAGCGCAUUUUACUAUGUAAGUUGUGUUCACAACAACAACAACAACGAUUACAAAACGUUGAUAAUACUGUUAACAACAACAAUAUUAUUGUAAGACACGUAUACUGUCAGUAAAUACCGUUAUUAAUGACAAUUAUAACGCUAGUAAUGACGAUAGCAACCAGAAUAUUAUAGUUAAUGAUAAACCUUAAAUAAUUAACUAACCCAAAAAUGUAAGAAAACUACUAUGAUUUCUGAUGCUAUCACUAUUAUUACCAGUGAUCAAAAGGUUGACUCAGAAAACGACACACAGAGACCUCGCAUUGACAAGCAAAUAACUGUGAACAGUCUUUUCUAAACCGAGAAUAAUAAGUAGAGAGCCCUGUUGGCAAGCUAAUGAAGUUGUGGUGGAAAGGUUCACUUAAAAUGCUAUUGGUUUCCUAAAAAAUCACCAUUGCUAUGCUACGCCAUCUGUAGAUGAAUAAGGCAAACUGUUGCUGAGACAUACAGUUACAGCCGGCGCCAUAUAUGACCAUCAUCAUGAAGUAAAAAUUACAGAGUUUCAGAGUACUCUAAGCAGUGCAAACAAUACGAGCAAAGAGCAGCUGCGGUAAGAACCAUGUUGCCAAUGCGAAACGGCCAGAUUUUAAUCGACGAAUUCGUUUUCUGAUGACGCAAAAGAACGAAACAACGGAUGCGGACAUACACACUGCAGUUGAAGUGUACGUCGGUGUUACGUUAAGCACAAUAACAUGCAUAAUAUGUCCAUACUUGGUAACGAGCAGGUUUAAGCAGGAUGAAAAACACAAAGGAAAGCUUAACUGAUGACCGAGUUUCUCAAAUCUCGGCAAUCUCACUGAAAUGUCAAAAAAUCGGUAUGUGAGGAAGAAGAAUGCAUUGCGCGAUUUUGCGAGUAGAGUCUACGCAUCAUGACAGCGGUGGUGAUGAUAAUGGUGAUCAAUUAUUCAGCAUAUAAAUAAAACGUAUGAAAAACGUAA